AUGGCUUCCACAGAAUCUAACACUCCUCCUACUGCUUCUGAUCCACAGUCUAUUAAAGACGAAUACUAUCUUUCUUUGGCUCUCGCAGAAGCCCGACAAGGAUAUAUUGCAGAAGGUGGCAUUCCUAUCGGCGCCGUAUUAGUGGCUGCCGACGGAACAAUUUUGGGCCGUGGACACAAUCGGCGUGCACAGCAGGGCAGUGCCAUUCUGCACGCCGAGAUGGAUGCUCUUGAGCGUGCAGGCCGUCUUCCUGGAUCUCGUUACAAGGGUGCAACUAUGUACUCUACAUUAAGUCCGUGUGACAUGUGCACCGGUGCUUGCUUGCUUUACGGAAUUGGCCGAGUGGUCAUGGGUGAAAACCGUACAUUCAAGGGAGGAGAGGACUAUAUGCGCCAGCGUGGUGUUGAGGUUAUAAAUCAUGACAAUUCUGAAUGUUAUGCUUUAAUGAAAGAGUUUAUUGAAAAACAUCCAGAGAUGUGGAAUGAAGAUAUUGGCAUUUAA